CAAAUAUCUCAGACCUCAGCAGCUCUCUGCUCAGCUCCACAAUCUGUGAUGAUGGUGGAGUCACUGGAAGGAGGGGACCUCUGCAUCCCUCCCCUCAACACCACCUGCAGGCCAAUGUCUGUUACUCACAAGGCCAUGCUCAUCAAAACACUGCUGUCCUGCUUCUGUCUGCUCACUGUGAUGCUCAACUUGUUGGUUAUCAUCUCCAUCUCCCACUUCAGGCAGCUCCAGACCCCCACCAAUCUCAUCCUCCUCUCCCUGGCUGUGUCUGACUUCCUGGUGGGCCUUGCAGUCAUGCCAGUAGCAAUCAACAGUGUGCAGUCCUGCCAGUAUAUUGACAAAAUCUCAUGUGCUUUGUCGUACCUUCUGGCCUUCAUCCUCACCUCUGCCUCUGUUGGGAGCAUGGUGCUCAUAGCAGUGGACCGCUAUGUGGCCAUUUGUUACCCUCUGCGUUAUUCUUCCAUAAUAACAACCAGCAGAGUUAAAAUCUGUGUGUGCCUGUGUUGGAUGUGUUCUGUUAUGUACAGUCUUAUCAUAUUGAAGGGUAACUUGUCACAAAUAGUUUUGUCUAAUCCUUGCCAUGAAGUAUGUACAGUUAUAAUAGACUACAUUUCAGGAGCAGUAGACUUGAUUCUCACCUUUUUCGGCCCUGUUAUUGUGAUCAUAGUUCUCUACGUCAGAGUGUUUGUGGUGGCUGUGUCACAGGCUCGUGUCAUGAGGUCUCAAAUUUCAGCUGCCAAAUCAAUUACUGUGACUGUUAAGAAAUCUGAACUGAGAGCUGCUAGAACUCUUGGUAUUGUCCUCCUUGUGUUUAUAAUUUGUCUCUGUCCAUACUUCUCUCCUUCUAUAAUUGGUCAGGACAUCUCAGGAAAUGCAGAUUUUUUAGCUCAAAUUUGGCUGUUCUAUUGCAACUCCACCUUCAAUCCUCUGAUCUAUGCUUUUUUUUACCCCUGGUUUAGAAAAGCUGUUAAACUCAUUGUCAGACUUCAGAUCCUGCAGCCAGGCUCUCGUGAGUCCAAGAUAAUGUAGAGAUGAUACGUGUACUGUGCAUAAAGUGACUAAAGAAAAAUGUUCAGAAUGUAACCCACAACUGGUUUGCUACUGAGAUGAUAGAGUCAUGACACCUGUUUUAUGACAACUGUUUUAAAUGAAUGUAGUUCAUAACCGAACACAUCAGCCACAAUGAAUGAGGUGCAGGAGUAGCUUCAGUAGUGCACAGAUGGGAAGAAAAACAUACAUUAAUCAGCAUGAAUCAACUGAAUUGCCAAACAAAGUGAGCGCCACUUUAAAGUAAAUGAAGACUUAAGUUAUUCAUGUGUAAGCUGAGAUAAAAUAAAUUUGUUUUCUGAGUUUUAAAACUUGUGUUUUGUUUCCUUUUCUUGCCUGAUAUGUACCAGGUUCUAUAUCAAAGUACCUUCAAAUAUUGAUUCAACAUUGUUUCAACAAUGCAAUGCAACUCUAAGCACAAAAAGCAAAACAGAAGAGUAUAAAAGUAUUUUUGUUCAGUGCUUAUAUUUCUGAAAUUUCAGUUGUUUUACUGUAAUUUCAUGGUGUGUGGCUGUGUGCAACUUAAACUACUGAACAUCAGUUUGUAUGGAGAACCUGAAAACCUUCACUUCUGGCUUUCUGUCCUUUAAUGGUACCGAGACCUUUUUUCUUG